GUGGAAUAAUAUAAUUCCCACGAGGAUGAUACCUUCUCAUAUCACGGUCUAUAAACACUGAAGAAGAGGGAUCAAUCAAGAAUCAACAAAAUUUAAUUGGAGAUUAUUAAGAUAUCUUCAAUGGAGAGGAGGCUCGAAGGCAAAGUCGCCGUCAUCACCGGUGGUGCUAGCGGCAUCGGAGAGGCCACCGUUAAGUUGUUCGUCCGCCACGGCGCUCGUGUCAUCGUCGCCGACGUCCAAGACGAAAAGGGGAAGGCCCUCUGCGCCGGCCUCGGCUCCGACGACGUCGCCUCCUACGUCCACUGCGAUGUCCGAUGCGAAUCCGACGUGAAGCGAGCCGUGGAAACCGCCAUCUCCCUCCACGGCAAGCUCGACAUCAUGUUCAACAACGCCGGCAUCGGAGACCCCUCCGGCAGCAGCAUCCUCGGCGAGGACGACACGACCGCGGUGUUCGAGCGGGUGAUGGGGGUCAACGUGCUGGGAGCGCUGCUGGGUACCAAGCACGCGGGGCGGGCCAUGGUGGCGGCAGGGCGGGGCGGAAGCAUCAUAAUCACGGCGAGCUUGGCGUCGGUGGUGGGAGCGCUGGGUCACCCGGUGUACUCGUGCUCGAAGCACGCGGUGUUGGGGCUAGCGCGGAGCGCGGCGGCGGAGCUGGGCAAGAACGGGGUGCGUGUGAACUGCGUGUCGCCGUCUGUGUUGGCGACGCCGCUGACGGUGUCGCACUAUCAGGCGAGCGAGGAGGAGCUGGAGGCAUUGGGAGAGGUGAUAUCGACUCUCAAGGGCGUGAUGCUGAAAGCAGAGGACAUAGCGGAGGCGGCGCUGUUCUUGGCCAGCGACGAGUCGAGGUUCGUGAGCGGCCACAACCUCAUGGUUGACGGAGCCUCCAGCGUCACCAAAAUAUUCUAAAUCCUUAUCUUCUUCUUCAAUAAAGUUUACGUUUGAAAUAAAGGAUCGAUCUCUCAUCAGCUCCAUUGAUGUUCCUUCCCUGAGUGAUAUUCUCAUAGAAAUUACAUGAAUAAAAAAUGACGGAGGGGUUAACAGAUAA